UUUCAGUUGUUUACGUCUUGUGUUGUGACUGGUGGUGAGGUGAGAGGUUAUUGCAAGGCUUCCUAUCUCGCACCGCAGUGAGGAGAAGACGGUAAUCAAACUACUCAAGCGUUGCCUCCGACACAGUCAACAACUACAACAUCUUUCCUGAAGUUACUCUGCAGAAAUAAUUAAAAAUAUGGCACCAUUUAUGCUCAACACCUCUGAAGUACUGUAGGCCUCACACAAGUUACCAGUGCCUUUAAUACUUACCUACAACACCUACAUGUUUGAACAGUACAAUAAUACAUGUAAGAAUGUGUUGGUGGAAGAUGGAGCUGUCCACUUGGUGAUGUUUCUUGUGGAAGUUACCUCUUAACAAUGUAUAAACAAGGCUAUCACUGGAAAAUUGAUAAGAGACAUUGCAGAACUAAAUCAAGAUUGAUGGUACCAUGAUCUUGAGCUAGAUAACACAACAGUGUGUACAGUAGUGUAGUGUAGUGAUGGGGACGUGUUGUUGUAAGACACAGCCUGAACCAGGGGGUAAUGAUGACAUCAUCAUUGACAGAAGAGAAAUUGAAUUCAUCUCAGGAUCUGGGGUCCCCGAGUUACAAACGUCCGACUUACCAACACCCGCCUUAACAAAUGAGGUCCCAUAAGGGAAGCGAGGAUGGCAUGACCAGUGCAGCGCUCUCUAUCAUCACGGACAAGUAUGUUUUGGACACCUUGGCACUUAUAAGGAUCUUAGUUGACAAUGAACAGGAACCCCCACCCUCCAUGCUUCAGCUGCAUUCCAUAGCUGACAAGGAAGCUGGUUGGCUGGUAGUUGUACGCUCCAUGGUGCAGGUGAUCCCCCUCAAUGAUCCCCUCGGGCCAGCUGUCAUCACGCUCCUGCUGGAUGACUGUCCACUACCAAGCAAGGAGACUGUAGUUCAUCUGUGCAAGUUUUUUGAGCUGAGCAGUGACAGUGCAGAGGAGGGUUGGAAAGACCCGCGUGUUCAUCGCAACAUUUGUGUGGUGUUGGGGUGUAUCGCUGAGAAGCUUGCUGGUCCAGCCUCCAUUGCUCUGCUCACCCACACCACCCUGGAGUACUUGGUGGCCCACCUGAGUGAAAACAACCAUCCCUGUGUCGUCCUUUUUGCUCUCAUCGCCCUUGAAAAAUUUGCCCAAACCAGUGAGAACAAGACUAGUAUUGGCCAGUGUCUUGGUCACAGCCUGUGUAACCCCCUGAGGACUCUGGAGACUUGGAUGACUCACACGGAUUAUGUUCACCGCCAAGUUGGUUUCUGCGCUCAGUGGUGUCUGGACAACCUGUUUAUCUGUGAAGGCCGUCCCUACUGCUAUGAGAAUGUAGAUACAACUCACCUAAAUGCAAUGCUGAAUAGUAAUGAUGUUAGUGAAUACCUGAAAAUAUCUCCAGAUGGCUUACAGGCGCGCUGUGAUGCAUCAUCCUUCGAAAGUGUUCGAUGCACUUUCCAAGUAGACUCCGGAGUGUGGUACUACGAGGCCACCAUUGUAACAGCUGGUGUCAUGCAGAUUGGCUGGGCAACUAAAGACAGCAAGUUUUUGAACCAU